AGAGAGAGAGAGAGAGAGAGAGAGCAUCUACGCAAAAAUGGCCGACGCUCGACACAUUUAACCAUUUCAAAGCUAUUUUUUUUUUCUCUUCAUAUUUUUGUUCUUCCUCUCUCUGUUUAUUAUUAAGAAUUCAAAUCUUAAUCCAAAAUCAAUUAACAAGGGAUCAAUUGUUUCUCAAUCUCCAUAUAUCUCUAUCUAUAUAUGUAUCUAUCUCUGUUCUCUUCGUGUUUUCCCGUCUACAGUUGACUUCAUCGCGGGUAUCGCGAGGGGGUUGUGGUGGGUCCGUCCAAAGAUUUCAAGGAGAAUCUUCUCUAUCAACACAAGAGGCUUUGAAGAGAAUCCGUUAAGAGUUAAAGAAGGAAAGGCCUGAUGAUAACUACGAGAAAGGGGUGGGUUUCUUUGUUUAUGGAUAGGACAGUCCUUCAAAAGCCUUCGUGACUAUCAUCACUUGCUCAUGUCCUUGCAUCUUAAACCACCACCACAACAACUUUCGUAGUGGGUAAUUACAGAGGAAUAAUAUCCAAGAAUCUUUUCAAAGAUGCUUGUGAAAUUGGGACAUUAGACUUUUACAGCUGAAAAUUUGAGACUGGAUUUUGUUUGGUAAGCUGAAAGUUCUGGAAUUCAAAUCGAAUAGGAUAUAGAUGUUGGGGUUUUGAAGAAGAAAAGUUAUGGAUGAUGGUGUCUUCUUCCCUCCAAAUACCAUGUCAGGCACUCCACCCGAUUCCUUUAUGGAUUUGGAUUACAUGGAUGAACUCUUGCUAGACGGAUGUUGGCUGGAGACAACUGAUGGAUCUGAUUUUUUGCUCCACAGUACCUCUAACUCUGGUGCUCUCUUUGACCCUUCAUUUACAUGGCCUACUCUCCAAACGAACAAUGACACUUUGAGUGGGAGCCCACCACAAAAGGACAGUCAAGAAGAUAGGCAAAGGUCAUCUUUGCUUGAGAAUCUAUCCAUUAGUCAGCCCCAAGGACAGAAUCCUGCUAAAAGUCAGGCACUUGGUGACAAUAUGAUUAAUGUGGGGUGCUCAAGUGAAUUUGAGAACUAUUCUGUUGAAGGUUCUGAAGUCAGUAGAAGAUGGUGGAUUGGACCAAGAGCCAAUCAUUUUCCAGCCUUAUCUGUAACGGAAAGAUUAAUUCAAGCUCUUGGGUACAUUAAAAAUUGCACUCGAGAUGAGAAUAUUCUGAUUCAAAUAUGGAUACCAGUAAAUAAAGGUGGCAGAUGUGUUCUAACCACGAGCGAUCAACCUUUCUCACUUGAUCGUAACUGCCCAAGACUUUCAAGUUACAGAGACAUCUCUGUGAGCUAUCAGUUCGCUACCGAGGAGGAUUCCAAGGAGAGUAUGGGCUUGCCUGGCCGGGCUUUCAUGUGUAAGGUUCCUGAGUGGACUCCUGAUGUUCGAUUCUUUAGAAGGGAAGAGUUCCCACGGGUUGGUCAUGCUAAGCAAUAUGAUGUCCGUGGAACUAUUGCUGUUCCAGUUUUUGAACAAGGUAGUCAAAGUUGCUUGGGUGUUAUUGAAGUUGUGAUGACUACUCAAAAGAUCAACUACCGUCCAGAGCUUGAAAGUGUUUGCCAAGCUCUUAAGGCUGUUGAUCUCCGUGGUUCUGAAGUUUCAAGUGCUCAGAAUGUUAAGGCGUGUGAUGGCUCUUAUCAAGCUGUGUUGCCUGAAAUUCUGGAGGUUCUGAGAUCUGCAUGUGGGACACAUAGAUUGCCGUUAGCUCAAACAUGGGUCCCAUGUGUCCAACAAGCUAAAGAGGGGUGCAGGCACUCUGAUGAGAAUUUUGUUCAUUGUGUUUCCACUGUGGAUUCUGCUUACAUAGCUGAUCCCUCUAUUCAGGGUUUUCAUGAAGCCUGCUCUGAACACCACUUGUUGAAAGGUCAAGGGGUUGUGGGAAGAGCGUUCACAACUAAUCAACCAUCUUUUUCACCUGAUGUAACCUCUUAUAGCAAGACAGAGUAUCCUCUUUCGCACCAUGCAAGGAUGUUCGGACUGCGUGCUGCUGUUGCCAUACGGCUGCGAAGCAUUUACACUGGUACAACUGACUUUGUUUUGGAGUUCUUUUUACCUGUGGAUUGCGUGGAUCCUGAAGAACAAAAGGCAAUGCUCAAUUCAUUGUCCAUCAUUAUACAAAAGGUCUGUUGGAGCUUACGGGUGAUUACGAACAAAGAGUUGCAGGAAAAUACUUUUCUGCCUGUUGGUGCACUUAAAUUCCCUUCAUAUGUGAAGCUUGGAAGAGAAAUGCCAGAAGUGGAAUGUACUCAGUCCGCAAGGCACUUCCAUGAAGUAUCAUCCUGCAUUGGCAGAAAGACGGAGGCCAAAGAGGGUGAUAAUUUACCAUUAGUCCAGGAACCAAGGCAACAGUUGAGAGAAAAAGCGUUGGACUUUAUGAAACAGCAACAUGAUUCUGACUCCAGAGCAACUUUGACCAAUGCUGAAGAUAAUUCUACUUCUGGCGAGGAUAGCUUCUUAAAUGUAGGUAAUACAGGAGAGAAAAGAGUCAAAAGACAUACCAAGGCAGAGAAAAGUAUCACCUUGCAGAUGCUUCGGCACUAUUUUGCUGGUAGCCUAAAAGAUGCUGCAAAGAGUAUUGGCGUUUGUCCCACUACUUUGAAAAGGAUAUGUAGGCAACAUGGAAUAAAACGCUGGCCUUCUCGAAAGAUCAAGAAGGUUGGCCACUCCUUACAAAAAAUCCAACUUGUGAUGGACUCAGUCCAAGGUGCCUCUGGUGCUUUUCACAUCGACUCUUUCUAUUCAAACUUCCCAGAAUUGGCAUCUACAAAUUUAACGGGAAUCAGCCCAUUUUCAGCUUUAAAGACUGAUGAUGAUUCAAAGUCCUUCAACAGGAAGCUUGAGGGUGUCAAUCUCAAACCCCAGGCUGCUGCAUCUAAAUCACUCUCUCCUUCCUGCAGUCAAAGCUCCUGUUCUAGCCAAUCUUGUUCCAGUGGGACACAGCUGCAUCCUCAAGCAUCGCAUGUUGCAGGUCAUGAAGAUCCAAUUGUCAGGGAAAAUUCCAGUGAUAGUGUACUUGAAAGGGCUGGAAGUGAUGCAGAGCUGCACAUGUCAAGUGAUGAAGUACCAAAGCUCCUGCCAAGAUCCCAUAGCCAUAAAUCUCUUAGUGACCACCCUAAAUCAGAGUGCCCUCUGCCCAUUGCAAAGAAUACAGGUGGAAACUCCCAAAGAGGCAUUCAGAGAUUUAAAGUUACAUAUGGGGAAGAGAAAAUCCGGUUCCGCAUGCAGAAUAAUUGGGGAUACAAAGACUUAUUGCAAGAGAUUGCCAGAAGGUUCAGGAUUGGUGACACCAAAGUGUUUCAGCUCAAGUACUUGGAUGAUGACUCUGAGUGGGUAUUGUUGACAUGUGAUGCUGAUUUGGAGGAGUGUAUCGAUGUAUGCCAAUCGUUAAGGAGCCAAAUAAUUAAGCUCGCUCUCUGUUCAGAUUCACAGAAAAAUUUGAGAAGCUAUAUGGGUAGCAGCAGCCCCUUGUGAUUAUCGUAGAAAUGAGUACUAUCAAUGAGGUUGCAGUUUGAUGCUGUUUAAAAAUUUGCGUCAAUAUUUUGGACGAGCUCAAGUCCAAAUAACUCGUUGGGGUAUAUGUUGCCUGCAAUUUCAGAUACAUGAAACGCCCUUUUCAACGUAAUAAGUGGUAUCUGUAGGCUGGGAUCACCAUGAAAGUUGUAAAAGACUUUCUCCUAGGACGUCCUGAAAUUCAACUUGGGCUUGGCAAAAGUAUUCCGUGCGUAGAACUAGUCAUUUUAUUGCCUAUGCAGCUGGAAAUACCGAAGCUACCGUGUUUUCAUACUGUUUUAAGAUGCCAUGUUAAAGGAAUGCACGCGUUGGAGGCUGGAAGAUUUUUACGGAAUACGUGAAAUGCGAAAGACAGAUUUCUGGGCAGAUCUUUGAUAAAAUAAUUUGAAUAUGUACUGACAUUGAAUCUCAUAUGAGAGAGAGUCUAUGCAAUGGCCAGGGAAUAAAUGAAAAACCCUUCACACCACCAAGCAUAUGCGAGCGGUGUGGUGCGGUGCAAAUAUGGAUUGUGAAUUUGUACAUUUGCAAUACUGAUUAGUGCUCGAGCUUGAGGGGAAUUUAGCUCAGCUGAAUAUGUUUUGCAAAACUGAUGUAGUGUACCUUUGUGGAUCCAUUGACAACUUCUUUUAAUUUUCAGUUGGCUCAAGUAGAUGUUAAACUACUUUCAUUAUUCAGAGUUCGAAAUGCAAGUAA